AUGAGUUCUAAAGACAAGCGAAAAUUUGAGGAGACAGAUCCUCAGGUCUCAAAACAGCGAAAAGUAGUUGGACCUUCUCUUCCUCGGGAUGUGAACAAUGAGACUGAUAGUGAUGAUGAUUUCGGUCCAAGCCUUCCUCGGGAUGUGAACAGUGAGACUGAUGAUGAUGAUGAUGAUGACUUCGGUCCCAGCCUUCCUCCAUCCGGUCCAAUGAAAGGCCCUGUUCAUAUAGAGCCUACCGAUUCUAGAAUAUCUAAACCGGAACAUGAAACCCGGCGAGAUCAAUGGAUGCUGCAACCUCCUUCCCAUUCCGACUGGACUUCCAAGGUCGACCCCACGCAACUACGAAAUCGCAAAUUCAAUACAGGCAAAUCGGCUACAGUACCUAAGAGCAUGGAUUCCUCGUGGGUUGAGACUCCAGAGGAGAGAAUGAGGCGGCUGCAGGAUGCAGUUAUGGGUGUUGGUGCUUCAACAAACCAGGACCACAAAGGUGCUUCAAACGCAAAAUUAAUGGAGGAUCAAAUCAAGAGAUACAAGGACAUGACUGGGAAGAACACUCGCCUGGAAAACCCAGGUCAGGCUCAGAAAGAAGAUGAUCCAAGUGCACGUGCGUUUGAUCGAGAGAAGGAUAUGGCAGUUGCUUCAAAGAUAUCCAGCGCCCAGCGCCGGGAGAUGAUAAAGAAGGCAGCGGAUUACAACACGCGUUUUACAAAGGGCAACUUUUUAUAG